AUGGAUGGUAAAAGAGGCUUCGAUCAUGCCUUCAGCUUGUGUCGAAUAAACCUUGGAACUGUAGGAUUGUGGCCAAAUUCUAAAAACGGAAAAGGUCAUCAAGAAGUCGCCUCGUUAAUUUUCUUCAUAAUAUCGCUAUUCACGAUAAUCGUCUUCGUCAAUCUUGCUCAAACUGUGAAAUUAAUUAUGAUCUGGGGUGAUCUGAACCACAUGAUCGACAACAUAUCCACAGCGAAUCUGCCGAUCGCGGUUGUGGUGUUCAAAAUGCUCACAUUCCGCCGUUAUAAAAAAACGCUGACUAGGCUUUUGGGGAUCGCUAUGGACGACUGGUGUACCAAGAAAACAUCUCGCGAAGCGGAAAACAUGUCCAAAAAUGCCAGGACGGCACGAAAAAUGUCUUUAGUAUGCGUGGUUCUCGGCUUCGGAUCAGUCAAUGGACAACUGGCAGUGAGAAUCAGUCAGGAACUGGAUAUCUUACCCGGUCAGACGGAAAAACGACUACCGAUGCUCAGCUCGUACAUACCCUACGAAUACCAGACCAGCCCAGCUUACGAAAUCACAUGGUUCAUGCAGUACUUGGGAGCGGUUCUGGCUACUCUUGUCUAUUCGGGUGUUUACUGCGUCUUCGUGGGUUUGGUGCUGCAUCUUCGAGGCCAGGUUGCUAAUCUCAGAUUCAUGUUUGAAAGUGUUGACGACCCUGAAGAAGAUAAAGGCAAGAAUUUUAGAAGAAGAUUGAGAUCUCUCGUGGAGAGGCACGAGAGUCUGAAUAGAUUUGCCGAAGAUAUCGAAAAUAUUUUUACUUUGAUGUUUCUCGCUGAAAUCCUCUCAUGCACCAUUCAAAUAUGUUUGCAAGUUUUUUUACUAGUAACGUUAAUGUCAAAUGAUAACGGAGGCGUACCAAUACUGCAAAUACUUUUUAUGAUGGUGUAUGCAAUGCACGUUGGAACGCAUGUUUUCAUUUGUUGUUAUGUCGCUGAUAAACUGCGUGAUGAGAGUUUAUCAAUCUGUGAUUUGGCAUACAACUAUGAAUGGUACAGACUACCAGCCCGCGAUGCCAGACUUUUACUUUUUAUCAUGCUCAGAGCUGAAAGACCGUUAGAAGUGACGGCAGGAAAAUUUUGCGCUUUUUCUCUGCGUCUCUAUGCUCAAAUACUCAAAACUUCAGGAGGCUACUUAUCCAUGCUGUUAGCCGUAAAGGACAGGUCGACAAAUUUUUAG